UUGUACAGAAUAAAGAAAAAAAGCAUUUUCAGUACUAGGUGGUAUUAAUCUUGCCUUUUAUACCAUGAAUUUACACACUUUUCGGUUUGGAUUAACACACACAAACAAGAAGAGAUAACCCUUUUGAAGUAAAUAGAUUAUUCUGUUUUUAUACUGAAGUUACUCUACAUUGGGAUCUUUAUCUGUUGUGUCAAGAAAAUCCAAGAUUUUGCUGGUGUUUUUUUUUUUUUUUUCCUCAUUAUGUUGUCGAGAUCUUAUUUCAAUCUGUUGAACCUCGAUGACUAUUCGAGUGGAGGUGAUCGGGCCCGGGUUCCGAGAGUGAUUUCCGUUCCGGGAAUCAUAUCUGAUUUUGAUGAUCGUGAUGAAGGGGUAGAAUCUGAUGCCCCUGUUCAUCAAGAAAGAAGAGUCAUUGUAGCCAAUCAGCUACCUCUAAAGGCAUAUAAAGAUUCAGAAACCAAUAAAUGGUGCUUUGAUUGGGAUGAAGAUGCCUUAAUUUUACAAAUGAAAGAUGGGUUUUCACCAGAUGUGGAAUUUGUGUAUGUGGGGUGCUUGAGGGUGGAGAUUGAACCAUUAGAACAAGAAGAAGUGGGUCAACUUUUGUAUGAAAAAUUCAAAUGUGUGCCUACCUUUCUGUCAUUGAAUUUGAUGAACAAAUUUUAUCAUGGCUUUUGUAAGCAUUAUCUGUGGCCUUUAUUUCAUUACAUGUUGCCUUUUACUCCUGAUCAUGGAGUCAGAUUUGAUAAGGACAUGUGGCAGGCUUAUGUUUCGGCAAACAAGGUUUUUGCUGACAAGGUUAUGGAGGUUAUCAACCCAGAUGAAGAUUAUGUUUGGGUACAUGAUUAA